UCUAGCCCUGUGAUUGGCUGUGCCGGCGGGGAAGCUACCUGGCUGUGGUUUGCUGUGGCGAGUGGUCGAUUUCCUAUUCGCUACAAGGGGAGACGCGACCAAUCACAGGAUAUCAACCCCGUUGAGGCAUGAUGGAACAGUUCCAGGGAAAUGUGGUGUCAACUGUCAAUCAAACCAUCACGACAGACCAGAUCGCUGCCAUCCAGAGUCAGCUACAACAACAGAGGCCUCAAGCUCAGGUGACCGUGCAGGCUGCCCAGCAAACCUCGGCUAGUGGGGCACUGACGGUGACCAGUCCCAGCACACCUGUCAGCCUGACGCAGACAGGGCAGCCGCAGCAGCUGCAGCUGCAGCUGGGGGGCCAGCAGGUGCCAGGACAGGUGGUACAGGUUUCGGGUGCGCAGGGCCAGCAGGCUGUGACAGCAGGACAGCAGAUCAUGGUACAGCUGCCCCAGCAGGGUGGACAGCAGCCCCAGACCAUCACCAUCCCCGUGUCAGGGACCAACCAGCUGCAGCAGAUCCAGGUGCUGCAGCCGCAGCAGGUGCAGGUGCAGCAGUCCGGACAGCAGCAGCAGCAGGUGCAACAAGUUGGCCUUAUCCAGAAUGCCCAGGGGCAGAUCAUCAUACAGCAGCCUGUGCAGGGGGGACUGGUUGCCGGGCAACAGCUAGGCACCACGCCCGACGGCCAGGCCAUUUUCUACCAACCUGUGACUGGAAACGAUGGAACGAUCCAAGUCCAGCAGGGCCAGGCACAGACACCUCAGAGUGGUGUUAUACAGGUGCCCACAGCUGUAAACUUGAACCAGAGCCAGGUGCUGACGACCCCUACGGUUGCAGCAGCUGCCACCUCCACCCCCCUGCCCCAGCCCAUGACUAUCCAGACUGUGCCUGCUGUAGCUGGGACCACACUCAACACCUCAGGAGGGCAGGUGGUCAUGAUGGUGCCAGGUGCAGGCGGUGUGCCCACCAUGCAGAGAAUACCCCUGCCUGGAGCUGAGCUGCUGGAGGAAGAACCGCUGUACGUCAACGCCAAGCAGUACCACCGCAUCCUGAAGAGGAGACAGGCUCGCGCCAAGCUGGAGGCAGAGGGAAAGAUCCCCAAGGAGAGGAGGAAAUAUCUCCAUGAGUCCAGACAUCGGCAUGCCAUGAACAGGCAGCGUGGGGAGGGGGGCCGCUUCCACUCAGGAGAAGGCUUUGAAGACGAGUCAGGCCAUGGCGGGUUCUUUUCACAGACGUCACUGAACGGCAGCCUGACCACCACGUCCAGCAGCUCCUUCAGCACGAUACCGGAGAUGCUCCAGACGACCACGUCCACCGCGGCCGCCAUGAUGCAGACACCCAUCCUGCUGGAGGGCGGACAGACCGCCAACAUGGUGGGGUUACCGGCGGGCGUCCUGGACACAGCCCAGCCUCAGUAGCAGUCAUGUCAACAGAAGUCAAACAUACAAUCAGUCAACUGUUUUUUUAAUUUAAAAAAAUACAAAAAUGUAGACUCAGUCCUUUAAACAAUUCUCUCACUACUUUUGACAUGGAAGUCUAGUGAUAAGUCAUAGGUACCUUGAAGUGUGUACAUUAUUACGGAGUGACCUUGGAUAACUGCCUCAAGGUCACGUCAGAAGUUUUGGAUCGGUUAUCCUAUGGAAUGUUGAAGAGUUGGUCAAAAAAUUUCAAGCGCAUAGGUUACGUUGAUCAUAAUGUAACAUAGAAACACACUUUGAUUACACACUGUUUGAUU